UUUAAGAAGCGUAGCUGUUAACAUUAUCUCUGCAGUCUCUUCUAAACUUCAUGGUAGCUGCGGAAACACAGCACUGAUGAUAAUGCUGUAAGGACGCAGCCCCUCUCUGGCGUCAGUUGAUCUGAACCACAAUCUGAUGGCAUGACUGAUAUCAGCUCCACACUCACUGCCUGUCGAAUGGAGUUGGUGGCAAACUAUCGCUGACCGUCUUUCUCAGUUGAUCGGUUCAGUUUUUCUCUGCUGACAAAGCCAUUAAACAGUCUUUUCCAAGAGCAGGUCUCUCCAAAGGGAGUUUAUCAGCAAGUUAUUAAAAAUGAACGCAGUUUGGAAAAAAAAAUGCAAAAUGCAAAUGAAUGAAAGGAAGUGGAGUCAUUGCAAGUAAAAGCAGGAGUUAUGUGGGGAAAUAUUCUUCCAGUGUGAGUUACUUUUAGCCUCUGACUAAUUUUUCUGUCAGCAGAUAAAAAUAAAUGACUUACAAAAAAAGAGGGCAGGGGUCAAAUGAUCUGAAUUUCAGGGAUGAAAUGGCAUCUAUCAGAAAGACAGAGCCACAUGUGUAGCUGAGCAAAUGCAUGUCCAGAUGUUUUAAUUUAAAAAAAAAUCAGCUACUCAACUGUAUUAGAAGAUGAAACAUACACAGUUAGCCAGACUUACAGAUUAGUAAGUCUACAUGAUUUCAGUGGGGUUCGUAAAAUAAUGCUUUUCAAAUCUUCGGUGACUUUGUGCAAUGCAGUGCUGCCCUCUAGUGGACAGAGACGUAAAUACACAUUUAAGAUUCGUGACAGUCAAAACUAGGAUCGCUGAAGCGACACAAUGCUAUUUUAAUUUUGGCAAUAAGACCCAGAUUAUUCCGAGACAUCACUCACAAUCAUGUCUAUACACAGUGUGUGACCAAAUCAGUAAAAAAAACAACCCUCAAGACAAACACGAAAUAUCUUGUGUGUGUUCAGGAAAGUAUAUAAAUAAGACUAACUAGUAGUAUGCUAAAUUGAUAAUAUCCCACACGCUAUAUGACUAGACGGAAAAGGUAUUAGAUUAGCAGCUGGAUGCUAACAGCGCCAACAUAAACACUUGGGACAGUAACGGGUUAGAGCGCGUGCCUCUUUGCCAAUUAAGGCUAAUUAAGUGACCAGGUGCGCUGACAGGAAGUCUACAAAAACACUGCCGCCCUUCAUCCCGUCCCAGUGUUUUGGUGCAAAGACAAAAACGCGUAUUGGCAAUGCAUUUCAAACAUAAAGGAUACUUCGGUGUUGUGCUUAUUUACACCAUCACAACAAUCGCUUUGCCUCUAGUAAGCCGGUGUGAGCCUACUGCAUCCUCCUUCCAAUCGAAUUCUCCUCCUGAUGACAGCAAAGGUCAUUUAACUACGGAAAGCAGCAGCAGUCAUUCCUCCGGCCCUGACGUCGGAGAGCGGCUGGACCUCGGCUCAAGGCGCGCAGAAGACCUCCUAAACUCUGACGACCUCCACAGCAGGAAAGAGAAACCCAGCAGCAGCCCCGAAGAAAAGCCCGAGAAGAGACUAAGACCCAAAAUGGCGUCUUCUUCGGGUCCUACAGGUGUCAGUGACCGUCACAACCCCAGGCAAGCCGAGGACGAGCCGGUUUAUUCAUAUGGAGACUGCAGAGAGGGGAAAAUUAAGCACGUAGUUUACGGCAAGUUUGUCAUCGCUGGCCAGCUGGAGCCAAACGUCCCAAAUCUCGACUACCAAUCAGAGUCCUCUGCUUCAGUCCGGUCUCUGGGAAGCCAGACAAGGCUCAGGGGUCACCGGGUCAGCAGCACAGUGGAGAGCUGGCAGAGGCUGCUCCCUGUGGUGGAGUGUGAGGAGGACGGCAUGACCCUCACUGUCAGGAGGAGACGAGCUGCACAGCUCUUGCUGGACCGAGCGAAUGAAUCAUCGGUGCCUCUGUCCCAGCUACCACCACAGUGUGGUUAUACUCUUCAGACCACAUGGAGAGACCUCCGUUUGAUGGUUCCAUAUUACGCUUGUCAUGUCAUUCAAAAGGAUGGCAGUUAUGUGCUGCCCCUGCUAUGGAGGGGAACCCCGGUCAAGAUAUCCUGUCCAGUCUCUCAGAUCAGCCCUCACACUGUGGGGCUAUCCUCCCUCUGCUGCUCUUCACAUGGGAUGACUGUCAAAGUACAUGAAUCGACUCCUUUGGAGAAGCAGAGAGUAAAUGUGAGAGGAGAUUGGACCCCUCUAGCUCUGUUGGCUGAGCAGUGUGGCUACACUUUGGCUAAGCAAGAUGCAGAUACUGUAAUUGCUGCUCCGUUUAUUACAUGUGGCAUCACAGAAAAGGAUGGAGAAUAUAUACUUCCUCUCCAGAUAGGCAAGGAAAUCUUCACACUUGCCUGCCCUAUGUCUUCUCCUGAAGAGCUCUCCGUUAACACUCAGCCUCUGGUCAACAACCCAGCUCAUCUAACCAGGGGGGCAGAAGAACCUAUGUUAGGGGCUCAGGAGCCUUUUCCAUGGGCCCCUCCUUUCUACCUGGCUCCACCGUACUAUCCUCACCCUACAUAUCACCAUAAUUAUGCCAGUCCUAAAGUACAUGCUUCAUAUGAUUCUCCUACUCCAGCAUCUUUGACUCCUGAGCCGACUUCUAGCUCUCAGCUUCACCCUCCUGUUGAUUUCCAGCCAGAUUAUCAACCCUACUACGUCUACCAGAUGCCUUUCUGGGAGCCGUAUGACAGUCCUCCGUCACUCGUUGAAGAAAUGGAAGAUUUACGUCGGGAGAACCCAGAAAGAAGAAAAAAUCAAGAAACUCCUUUUUUGGCGUUCUCUGAGAAGCACAGUGUCACACCUACAGGCUUUCCAGCUCAGCUCGAAGCGCCGCAUUUCCAGCCUCUGAGACACGAUUUCAAUCCAUACUACCACUACUACCAUCACCCCAAAAUCCCCCUUUCUGGCAAACCUCAAAACCCUGAUUCAGGUCUGGAUGUUUCUCACGAAAUCUCUUCAGCUCACUUGCGUAAACAUGAAUUUUCAGCUUUGGCUCCCAAUGUUGAACAGUCUAAGAGCAUCAGGAAAGUCACCUCGGACCAGUUCCCUCCACCUGUGUCAGAGACUACCUUUUAUCCCUACGCCCAACCGGAAAAUGCUAAAUUGGUUGACAAAACCCUUGAAACUCAUGCUCCUCACCUUCUAAACCCAUAUCUUUACUACUAUUACUUUCCACAUAUUUCAAGGGGUGAGGCUGUAAGACUGGUUCCAUCACAUCCCGACAUGCCUGGAGAAACAAACUUGUCGAAUUCCUCACCACUUCCUCCUUCACAAAUUCUUCCAGUAAAUGAGCACAACAUGAAUGCCUACAUAAAAGCACACAAGAACUUUGAAAAAUAUAGCACAGAGCAGAUCAAACAUCCUAAUUUGUCUGCUAAAGUUCAUUUAGAGCACAAUGAUGCAAGUCGCUCUGCAUCUGUGUCUCCUGCAGUGCUGCCUCCAGUCCCACAAGGUCCCCAUCAUAAACUUGAGCCUCAACAACGCCCUCCUCACACUCAAUCAUUCAUCAAUCAACUGAAUCCUUACCAGUACUACUACCACCCUUAUUAUCAUUACUCUCAGAUGUAUUACAGACCUGGAAACCAAGUUUCUCCAGCUUCACCCAAUCUUCUUCAAGCACCUUCUGCUCCAGCUCAACAUCUGACUCCACCUGCACAAUCAGUGUAUGGUUUUCAUAACUGGAUGCAUAGUCCUUUCUAUUAUCUAUACUACCCAUCUAAAGUGCCCGAAGGCAACGAGCUCCAUCCUACAGGCAGCAUAAACUCUGAAAACAAAUCUGCUAAAUCUCAGCUUCACUCAAACUUUGACUAUGGCAUGAUGGCAGGAUAUUUUAACAUCCCUCCGCCACUGCACAAUCCUUUCCAUAGUUUAUAUUCACAUUAUAUUACUCAGCAGCACCAUAAUGAGCAAUCUGAGAAACCUGAUGAAGAUGUGAAAGAGAAUCUAGACAAAGUGAGAGAUUACCUCGAGGCCCACACGUACACGCCCUCCGCCUCACCCUGCGGCCUUGGAUCUGUGUCAGAUACUGAUUGCAGUAACUCUUUAGGCUGCUGUUCAAACACUGUGAAGGGCUGUACAGUGGGACAGUACUGCGUCUUUGCGGUGCCUGACUCUGUAGUACAGCCCACAGUUGCUCCUCCAGCUCAUUCCCCUGAGGACAUUAAUGCUUCCUGCACGCUGCAGAGGUUGACCCCUGAUCUUGACAUCUACAUUGUACCUCUGGAUGGCUGCGGAGUAAACAAACAUAUGCUUGGCGAGACGGUGGUUCAUCUUUUGGAAGUUCGAGGUUUACUUCCUUACCAAAACGGCGAUUCUGCACAUGAGAGUUCUCCUUUAAGGUUUAUGGUGGGAUGUAGUUCCUCAGCAGAUUCUCCAGGUGAAGUGAAGUUUCAUGUGAUGGAUGAACAGCCUCCUCUUCCUCUCACACAGCCAACACCAGCUGCUGUCACUGUGCAACUGAGAAUUGCCAAAGAUGAGUCUUUCACCAGCUACCACCCUGAGGCUCACCUCCCUCUCAGCCUCUUGCAGGGCAGAACAGUUUAUGUGGAGGUUAGCCUGAAGGACCCCUCAGAGUCCACACUUGUGCUGCUGGUUCACUCCUGCCUGGCUUACACUGAUGCUCCAUAUCCCAGUGGGAUUCUUGUUUAUGAUGGCUGCAGCAGCCUGGGGGUUUUGCAGAUGCUUCCGACCUCGGACUUGCAGGUCCAGAAGAUCGCAAUUUACAGCUUCCUCUCUCUUCCACCACACAUGACUAAAGGGGGCUCCCUCCGAGAAGACCCAGAGAUCCACUUCUUGUGCCUGACAGAAUUGUGCUCUGAUGACUGCACCCUAAGAUGCCUCGAAGGUCCAAACACUGGUGUGUAAGCAACGAAAUAAAGAGUAUUACACAAGUGCAACUUGAUUUUUGUCGCUUAAUGGAAACGAGUGUCUCUGGAGGUUUUGCUUCUAUAACUAAAUAGUACAAAUAAGUAGUACAGGGCAAGAAAACAAGUGACAGACAACUGGAGGCAUUUAGCCUUUGAAAUGUAUUUAUUUAUUUUUUUUAUCAGCAAGACGGUUAACAUUGUGUCAUUUAAAAAAAAUAAAUAAAUAAAUUUAAAAAAAAAGUUAACAAGCAAAACACAAAGGAAUGAAACGUGAGCUUAUUUUUUUCCCUUUUCUCAGGAUGAAAGCUUUUACAGAAACAAGUCUUCUGAAGCAUUGAGUCUGGAAUGUUUAAACAGUUUGACCUAAAACUGAACCUCUCUCGGGUACCUGGCUGUCUUUUUUGCUGUUCUUGUUUUUUGACCUGCUCUUUGGCCCUCUGCAACCUCUACCAGAAAUCUAAAAAUCUUAACAAUACUCUAGUAUACAGCCACUAAAGGUAAUGUGAAAUUGAAGCUCACAUUAGAGCGAUGACACCCAACAUGCUACACCUUGCUGUAAUUGGACCUCUACUAUAACAAAGAUGAUCAUUCAACAUCUGUACUGCAUAAGUGUGACCAUAAAUGUCCUUGCAUCUGUCAAUCUCAAGCCAUUUUAUUUUAACCAGAUGCAUCUUUCUGCACCUUCAGUGUCUGUAUGCUCAUGGCCACGUUGUUUCUCUUCCCCCUUUAACGUGGCCCUAAUACUCAUUCAUAAAUAAACAGUGUAACUUUUCAGGAGAAAAAAUGUUUAAAAAAAAAAAAAAAAAAAUUCAUGUUUUACCAGCUGAAUUUGUUAA